UGCUCGACCUGCACUGUGGCAAAUUACAAGCCAUCUUCACAUCCUUUUCUUCUUAUUAAUAUUAUAAAACUCGCUCGGCCACAAGAUGGAUGAUAUUCUCGAUAAGCUGAAAAUCUUGAACUACCACAGGGAUUUCUGUAAACCGAUGAAUUUGAAACCUCUGCACCGCUUCUACUUCACCGUACCCGCCACAAAUCCAAACGAACAGUUUUACUAUUUCACAUCCCUAUUCACAUGGCUUGUCAACCUCAACGGGGAGAGCUUCGAAGCUCCAGGCCAGUUCGACGACCCAAAUGCUUCGGUAGCGAAUAUUGCUGCAAAGCUCAAAGAAAUGGACAUUACUGUGGACUUGAGCCUCAAUAAGAUCAAGCAAGGUCAUGGAGAAGGAGUACUGACCGUUUUGCAAGCAUUGGCGGACCGGGCCAUACAGCAAUCUGGGUUUGUGUUCCAACAGCCAAUACAUAAGACGGACGAAUAUGCAGAGGAGGCGGACGUCGAUGCGGAAGCCGAAGUCACUGCUGAAACGGUCGAAGAAGAUUUGGCUGCACAAGAUGACGAGGAAGAGAUGUUUCUUCAACCCGUACAACGAACCGACAAAGCAGAUCUCACCAGCCCACAGGCGCAAAUUGACGUACAACCUCCAAAACCGAAGAUUGACCCUGCGGAAUGGAAGCUUGAGGUGGAGCGGGUUACGCCAAUGCUACGUGUGCAGAUUGCCAAUGAUAACAAGGAUUGGAGAAUCCAUGUUGAGAGCAUGAAGCAUCACCAUAGCACCAUUACAUCAUCCAUAUCAGAAACUCAGAGUCAGCUCAACAAGCUACAUGCUGACAUUGAGAAAACACUUGAGAAAAUAUCGAGUCGUGAAAAGUACAUUAACACACAAUUCGAGUCACAGACAGAGGAAUAUCGUGUACUGCAAGAUCAGCUUUCCGAACUUAAACAAAAGUACGGCGUUGCAAGUAGUAACGUGACUGAACUGACGAAUGAGCUGUCAAGAAUAUCGGAGGAAUUAGACAGUGUUAAGUCGCAAAUGGACGAUAUUGGAAGUGGGAUGACUGAUUCCAAACCCUUGGUGGCCAUCAAGCAAGGUGUAGCGAAAUUGAAGGCUGAAAUCAAACAGAUGGAUUUGCGAGUCGGUGUGAUACAACACACUUUGCUGCAUGCAAAGCUCAAAAUUAAAGGGCCGAUAGGACUAGCAGCAGAACCGCCAAACAUGAUGCAGAUGUUUGCGCUCGCGAUAUGAUAUGUAUGUAUAAUUUAAUAUCUAGAAGUUAGAGCGCAUGGCUUUCAUUGAAGACCUUCGGAGAAACCGAUAAGAGAUCUCGUACUAGUCCGGCGCCGGCCAUUGCCCAGGUUAUGACAUUGGCAUGGAUCGACAGGCAAGCCAAUAUAUUGCAUG